CUUCAGGCAGUUCAGGCUGCUGUCAGCGGACGUAGAAGACCAACUUUGAUUUUAUUUUUCAUCUACUGCCUUCAAGAUUUUAUGAUUGAACGAUAAAGAAAUCAAAUUUAUAAUCUCAGUUGCAAAAGGAAAUCGAUCAUUUAUGCUGAUUUCCAAAGGAAAAUCCUUAAAAAUGAAGAAAUUAGAGGCAUUUUGACACUUUUUGUGUCCUGGUCAUAAUACGCUAUGAAGAAGAAAAAAGAUGAGGCGGUCAAUGCAGUUCCUGAAGAUCAAGGAGUUGCCCGUACAAAUAAACAAACGAGUAAAAAGAAAACUAAAGAGGAGGCACCGCGAUAUCGAAAUUGGGAAAAAGAUCGCCGUGACCGCUUAAAUGUUGCUUUCAAUGAUUUAGCAAUAAUCAUAUGCGAGUCGAUGCCCCCAGUGAAAAAAAUUGAAAUUGUAACCAAGGCAAGCGAGUGCAUUCGACAACUACGAGAUGAAAUCGAGCAAAUAAAAAAGGUUAGCGGGCUCGAUCAAUCUUUACUAGAUCGAGAAACUGAUAAACUGAAGGCCCAGAUGGAGGAGCUGAAUAAAAGAAUCGAGCGUCUAGUCAUGUACCUGGAAGAAUUGGGAGGUGAAAGGCCGGUGUGGGUUUCGCUGCCCCCAACUACUCCUGCACCACCUGAUCUUGGAAAGCGUCCUUUGCAGUAUUCGAAUAAAUUGAAUCCAGCAAAAGUCAAAGAGCUGUUGAAUGUACCAAAGAAAAAGGUUACAAAAAGGUUGCAGAAUGCUAAGAAGAGGGCGCUGAGUAAAAAAUCAGCCAUGGUGCGGAAGAAGAGAUUGGUGCCUAAGGUGACGAGUAUGAGUCAAUUGCCUGCAGGAAUACUUCUUUUCAAGAGCUGUCUGCCGGAGAACACGCCAAAAGUUGUCAUCGUGCCUCCACCUCCGCCAUCACAAACCCUAGCUCCACCGGUUAUUCUUUUGCAACCUCCACAAAAGACCCAAUUGAUCCUGUCAAAGCCUCCAACUGACAAGGUCAUCAUUGCACCAAACGUUGUCCAGAAAAAGGUUGUUGCAAAGAAGACAAAGAAAGCUCUGACCCCGAAAAACGUCAAGACCAUUAGGCACAGCAUUGAUGCCCUUUGCAAAAAGCAGCAGUCAAACGAAGUACCUUCGAAAGAAGCUGCACAACCUGUGAUACUUUCUCAGCCUGAAAACAAUGCAGCGGCAAAAACACCACAGGCAGAAACUCAGCAGCCAAGCAAUCCUCCCAACAAGGAGAAUGAAUUUGUGAUCAGGCCUGAAUCGGCCAAGAAUCUGAGCGAGCCCAGUCCCCAGAGCCAAAGCGAAUCGACCCUUCCUCAAAGCAAACAAUUGGCACCACCUGCUGAGAGUCAAAGUGUCCAGCCCCCUCCAGCAACGUCUUUGCCGCAACAGAUUCCCUGUCCCGAUUUGCAAAAGUCGGCGCCUGCGAUUCCGAUAAUCCCCACCUCGGAAUAUCAGCAGUCGGCAACAACCUCAACCCAGAACAAGCCGAGCCACAAUGACCCUGUCACAAGUGCAAGGAGCUUCGUCAACACUCAAACCACCUUCACCCACCUCAAUCAGACGCAAACACACUUCCAUUCUCCGCUGCAACCCCUAAACCAGGUCAACCAACCUAAAGAACAGGAGCAGGUGUUCAGAAAGAGCAUUCCGUUCACCCACGAGGCUCCUCUGCCUCCGACGACAAUGAAUUCUUCACAGUCUGAGACAUUUACCCAUCUGCGCACCAACAUCCUUCCCACCUUCUCGACCUUUGGGGAAAUCUCAGGUCCCCACUGCAACCAGACAUUUACCACUAUUGCGACUCCCUCUUCUGAUGCUUUGCACAAGAUGACGUUCACUAACGAAAUUUUUUCGCACCAAGUUCCAAAAUCAAUGCCCUUCAGUCAGAGCCAGAAUUUUGCGCCCAAGUCGACACUGACCAGCACCACUUUCUCCCAUGAAAAGUCCAUAACUCAGACGCAACAGGUGAUGGGAAAAACGCCUCAGUUUCAUCAGCAGCAACAAGAGCAGCGGCCGUUUUUCCUUGACCCGACAAGAACUCCCGAGUUUCCCUCGGCGGAUCCCAUUUUCAUUGGCCCGCAGCCUCCGAUGGCCACCAUCGUGGAGCAGCCGAAGGACACAACCUCUUUGUAUCCGUACAGGGGAGACGAGCUCUCUGACAGUGGGCAGCGAAAUGAGACUCUCAACACAAGCACCUUUUCAAGCGACAUAUUUGCCUCCCUUCAUGUUCCGUCAGGCCAUCCCGAGUCGAUUUCGCCGACUGCAGCCUUCCUUCACACGUUCCCGCUUGUCUCAUCAGGGCGAAACGAAAACGCCGAAAGAGGAGACGGUACAGCCAGCACUUUGCUUCAGUUAGGCUCUUUGGAUGAAGGCAACCAGCAGAUGGAACUUGGCACGCUAAUUCCUUCCAUCGAACAGGAAAAGCAGCAGCAGUCGGCUAACAAGAGAUCGAACAAGAGCUUUCCAGUCGACCUUUAUCAAAUCGAGUCAGAGUAUGACGCAGAGAUUAGUUCCAUUAUGUCUUCAAAUGCUUCCACCCCCAAGAGACAAAACAAGCCAAAUCCAUUCCAACAGCAAAACAAACAGCAGAAUUUCAAUUUCUACCAACAGCAACAACCGCAGUUUAAGAAAAGGGCCAUGGCUGCACCGCAAAAACCUGUGCAGAAAGAAGCGAACCGCCCCAGAGACCAGAUUUCUUACAAGUCCAACCAAUGCCCUACCUACUACCAACCUGAUCAUCCACCUCCUUCGGUGCCACUGAACCUUCCUGUCCCUCAAACGACAACAAAUUUUAUGCCAUGGAAUAAUAUUGAACCUCAGCAAUCUCAGAGCCGAGGGUUGCAACAAAACUUCAGCUGCAACAAUAGACAGUCUCAGCAAGCAGCCCCACAACAGCAGCAGCAGCAAAAGGAGGUUCAACGACCUCCUGUCAACUGGAUGACCAAUGACGUCCGACAUGAUGACAGCGCAGCAAACAUUUUUGACUUUGAUUGGAACAAGCAAGCGCCCCUUCCCACUUUGAUUGGAGAUCUCGCUCUGGGUCCAACUCCACCAACGCCCAGGAAAAAGGACAGCGCCUGCAAGUACAGCGGUCAAAACUUCCUCUCCGUCAGCCAACUCGUCGAAGUGCCAAAAGAAAAGGCCAAACGGCGCCUUGUCAACAAACAGAACGGGAAUUCAGCACCUGCUCGGAGAGUUGAGAGAAACCCUAAGCAAACAGGCGUCAACCAGCAGCAGCAGCAGCAGCACCAAGUCUGUCCAGACUAUCACAGCAUCACCAACUGGCCUGCGCCAAAGCCGUCUUGCAAAACUGUGCCAAGCAGCUAUUCAGCUGAAUCUCUUAUUGGACCUCAAGACAAUGCUGAAAAAACAGACAACAGGUACAGCCAGCGCAUGUCACGAAAUUAUCCACCCCCUGAGCAGAACAACUUCUUCCCUGCUGAACAGCAGUUUGAUUACCAUCAGCCUCAGUACGACUGCAGUUCGAUGUAUCAACCAAACACCUCAUUUGCCAGCAUAGUCACAUCAUCAAGUUCUGCAAACUCGAUUGUACCAACGUUUGGCCAAGAACUGAAUCUGUUUUCCUCGUCGCCGCAAAAGAGCUCGGCUGUCAAUAACAAGAGAAGAAACGACAAUUUUUAUGUCGCAGAGUGCAACAGAAGGUCCACACAGCAAUAUGUUCAGCAAAGUAGACCAAGUCAGCAACUGAAUGUGGCCCCAAGUGCCGCUUCAAGCUCCUCCUUGACAAACUUCAACUUAAGCACCAUAUUCCCAGAAAUCAACAAGCCUGCCAUUGCACCGCCUUUGACACCCUUCAUAGGGGCCAAAUCUCAGAAUUCAGACUAUGUUAUCCCGCCGCCCCCAGUUUCUUUCAACAAUUUACUGAUGACGCAAACACCACCUCAGGUGACUUUUCCAGCACCAAACUUCACAAUGGGUGCGGGCAUUCAAUUCCCAGUGCAACACGAGAACUGAAUAAUUUAAAAUAUGUGAUAUUUAUGUAAUUUAAAGAAUAGAACUUCAAAAUUUCAUUCUUCUUUAAUCCGUUGUCAUCUUUUUGUACAUGUAUAAUAAAAUUAUUAUGGAACUACA